UUCAGAAGAAGUGAAGUCAUUAACAGAUACGGGGAGAGAGAGAUAGAGAAGAUAGGGCAUACAUAUAAAGAGAAAGUAAAUAUUGGAGUGAGUGCUGUUCAUCUGAGUGAAGUUUAGUCUGUAGAGCUGUAGCACCAAUUGAGUCAUCUUUAGUUAACUGAGGAGGAGGAGGGAUAUGCAGCGUGUGAUGCCAUGAGUCCUGUGCUGCUGUCUCUGGAGUAGACAGAGCAGCACAACAGAGGAGACCAGAACCAGGUCCUAUUCUUCUGUUCUGACCGCUAGUGCAUUGUCUUGAUGGCCAUGAUGACGAGCGAGAAGCAUCAAGAGUUGGAGGUUCGUCUUGAGGACAUGCUGUCGCGCAUCGCCAUGGAGACACUGGAGAUUAAACAACUGGAGCAGCAGCUGACUGAAGGCCAGAUCCUGGUGAAUGAGGCUCUCCAGGUGGACUUGCAGGGAAUCAUCUCUGGGAUUCAAGAAUACAUCGGGGGGCUCAGACAGCAGGUCUGUCAGGCCCAGGAUGAGGCUCGCUGCUUGGGGAUACAGAACCAGGCUCUGCAGCGCCAACUGGACGCUGUUAAGCUCCACUGCAGGCGGUUGGAGACAGAAGCCAGGACACACAGACAGCAGUUUCAGGAUGGUCUGGACCAGUUGUUACAGGCUCUGAUCAGCGGACAGGAUUGCUUCAGCUCCCAUGGCCUGGAGGACCUGUUUAGUGACAGGCUGAGGCAGAUGUACCAGGGCAUCCAGCAAUAUGUAGCAGACCAGAUCCGGAGGGCCCAGGAGCAGAGCCAGCACACCAAGGACCAACAGGUCCGAGACCAACACAUCCAGGGCGAGAGGCUGCGGGCGGAUUCACAGGGAGCGUGCGAGGCCCUACUCAACUCCCAGGCCCAGGUCCAGAAUCUCCAUCACAUGAUGGCAGAGGUGCUGUCCAGGAGAGAGAAGUGCAGCAAGUCCAUGUCUGAGUCCCAACGACACACAGACCUGACGAUAAGGUGGACAACACAACAGCUCCGGGCCCUCUCUGAUACUUUAGAACAACUGGAACCACAUCAGGAGCCUCCGGACUCUGGUUUGGGGCUGCACUACCUCAGUUCACCUGAAGGGGGGCGCUCUGACAUAAAGGUGCCACCACGUUUGGACCACUACAGUGUAGAUGACAACCCUACAGACACUGAUGCAGGGAAAGGCGGAGCUACAGGCCUCCCUGCUGGGAUAGCAGACAGCCAGGAGCCCCUCUGUGGUUGUUCCCCUUCUCCAGCCUGUAAUCUUCCAGAGCACACAGACCUGAUUGACAGAUUAGAGGAGCAGAGGAAGAGGUUGGAAGAGGAGAGGAAGAUGAUCCAUCUGGGCAGGAAACCGCUCAGGUCAACAAGUCAACAAAACUGGUGUGUGUGUCUGUGUGAGGAGGUGCAGUGUGUGGAACACACUCUGUUAAAAAGGAGAGCAGAACUUAGACAGGCAGAUCGACGCCUGAUGGAUGCACAAAGCUGUCUACACAAUACCAGACACAAGGCCAGAUGUGUGCAGAGGCAGCUGGUGUUGUCUCAGUCAGAGCUGGAGGGGCUGAAACACAGACUGGACGAGAGCGCUACCUGUCUCCUGCAGACCAAACAGCAGCUCUGGCAGACCGAGGCGGAGCUUCAGCAGGUGAAAGGGAGGAGGAGUAGGGGAAAGAGACGAUGAAGAACGGAGACACAGGUGCGACUCACGCACACAGCUCACGUCCAGUUUUUCUGGUUUUAAAACGCAGAACCUUUUGAAACCGACCUUUGGUUAUCAACCUUUUCUUUGCUCAUAUUAAAAUAUACAACCAGGAAUCUUGAUGUGAGGUAAAGCCUCUGCAAACCAAUGCUGUAGCGCCUCAGGGUUACCAAUAUGGUAAAUGGACUACAUUUAUAUAGCGCUUUUCUAACCAGUCGCGACUCAAGGCACUUUACAUUAUUGAUAGUCUCGCAAAGCCAGACCAAACUACAGCAAGUAGAAUGGUCUGGAACCAUGCUUUUUAGAGCCGUCUAUCCGGGGGGAAACUGGGCUGGCCUGUAUAUAUUUCUUUAAACCAAUCACAAUCGUCUAGGGCGGGGCUAACCCCUGGAAGCAGCAGUGGUGUCCAUGCAAAAUAGUGCCGGGGGGGAAAUUAUUUUGAUGGAACGUCUUCACGUUCAGAGGCUUUCAGAGAGAUGCCUCAAUCCCAACCGCAAACGCCACAAAAAACUAUUAAAGAUGUAUGUCGCCUAUGUGAAGAUCCUUUUAUAGAUAAAAAGAACAAACAUUGUUUAUUUAUUUCUCACAAUGAUGUCAAGACACCAUACACUUUGGCACUUGAGGAGCUCACGGGACCUAUCAAAACGACAGACGUUUUAACAUUUAUAUGUUAAAACGGCAAGAACAUCUUUCUUCCUCAGCAAAUGCUGUAAGCAAAUCUUUUGAAGUUCUUUGCAAUUUUCGACGGAAAGAGCCAAACAUGCUAGCUUUACAGCGCCGUCAAAGUCCUCGCCAUACUGCUUAAUGUCCGAGUUUGAGGGGGAGCACAAUACGGGAAAGCCAGCAACAGGGAAGGGAGGUGUAGCGGUGGAAUCCGACGCUGAACUAUAGACGCUCUGUCCAUUUUCGCUCAGCCAGACUACAUUAUUGACAACAUACAUCCAUUCAUGCACACACCGACGGUGGUGUCAACCAUGCAAGGUGACAGCCAGCUCGUCGGGAGCAGUUAGGGUUAGAUGCCUUGCUCAGGGACACCUCAAAACUCAGCUAGGAGGAGCCCGGGAUCGAACUAGCAGCCUUCCGGUUACCAGCCAACCUGCUCUACCUCCUGAGCCACAUGCCACGCCUUUGCACACAGCCGGGUGUUUCUAUGUAGACAGUAUGAUAAGUGCAUCACACGUUCAUCCCCCGACCACUGGACUACCUUGCAGCUGAGGAAUGGAAUGUGUUGCUGGACUGGACAAAGGGUUUUCUAUGUAUAUAUGACAAUGACAAUCAAGAAGUGACUCUGAAUAGAAAGUCAUCGUUGGGGUGAAAAUGAGUGCAAACCGGACUGCUCUGAACUCAAUGAAACAUAGGCGGAAGGGUCCGGAUGGUGGUGGUCACACAACUACAUCAUUGUCGGCGUAGUUUCAACUCAGUAUCCACCUCUGACUGCCUUUCAGGAUACAUUACUCACUCACAUGAAUGUUCGCCUUCUUUACGUAAACCGGCCACUCAUUUAACCAUGUUACUGUAAACACCUAUUGUUUUUCUAUGGAGGACCGUCUAUGUAACAGUACAACUUGCCCCAUGUAAACCAACACUGAGGGCUAAGUUUAUUGCAAUUAUUUUACUUCAAAUAAAACACUAUUGAAUUAAUGUGGGCGUGUUUAUAUUUUGAUUUGAAUGUUUAGCUCUAGGAAGCUACAGAAUGGGUCAGCUACUGCUGACCCAUUCUGUAUGCAACAUGUCGUGUGUGUGUGUG